AUGGUGGAUGAUGAUUUAUCGUGGUUAUCCUUAUCGACACCAACUGAAAGUUCAUUAUCAUCUUCAUUAAUUGAAUAUUCAUCAUCAUCAUCGUCGUCGUCAUCAUUAACUGAAAAUUCAUCGUCACCGACUGACUUACCGAAUGUUACUGUUAACAAGACAGUGUCGAAUAAACGAAAACUGAUGUUGGAGAUCGAUGGUUAUCAUUUCCAGUUGAAGGAUUAUAGCAAAGACCGAACUAAGAAGUUUUGGCGGUGUGCUAAUAGAGCGUGUCGUGUAAUUGUGCAUACAACUAUUGAAAAUAAAUUUAAAUGUUAUGGUGGAAAAUCGUCUGUUCAUUCUCAUUUACCAAAUCCAUCUGGAAGUGAAGUACGAAAUCUACGAGAAGCUAUGCGAAAAAGAGCCGAAAACGAAACAACAUCAUUACAAAAAAUUGCAGAACAAGAAGUACGACAAGCGUUGUUGACUGGUGAAGCUUUAGCAGCUUUGCCUCGUAUUAAUAAUUUAGGUCAUAAUUUACUUCAUCAACGUCGUAAAGCAACUCCUCCAGUACCACAAUCUUCAUCCUUUUUCAUACCAGAAUCAUUCACGAAAGAUUUUCAUAACAAAGAUCGUCUGUUGUUAUACGAUAGCGAUGAUAAUAAAUUUCAACUGAAACAAUCGGAUCAUAUGCGAUCUGAAGGAAGAUUGUUGGUUUGGUCCUCAGAUAUUCAAUUAAACUUAUUAUUCAGUAGUCAAAAGGUUCACAUGAAUGGCACGUUUAGUACCUCACCACCACAGUUCGAACAAGUAUUUAUUAUUCAAGCAUUUGUUCAAGGCUCAUAUAAGCUAAGUGUACCGGUAUUGUAUGCGUUGUUGUCUGAUCGAAAGACACCCACAUAUGUCCAUUUAUUCAACGUAUUAUUUAAUGAAGCAGAACGAUUUAAUAAAAAGUUUGAACCUGAAUUGAUUAUGACUGAUUUUGAGCCGAGUCUGUCAAAGGCAAUUAGUCUUGAAUUUGCAGAUAGUACCAUUCAGAAAGGAUGUUUUUUCCACUUUACCAAGGCCGUAUACAGAAAUGUUCAAUCUUGUGGACUAACAUCUGUUUAUUUGAAUAAUAUGGUAAUUCGUAGUGUUGUUCGUCGAAUGAUGGCACUGGCUUUAGUGCCUGCAGAAUGUGUUCCAACAUUAUUUGAUGAUCUUCAGAAUGAUUUAAGUGAAUAUGAACGUCAUGAAUUAGCCCCAUUAUUCAACACGAAAUCGAGUGAUUUUGUUAUAAUUGAUGAGACGUCGUCAUCUUCUUCAUCCUCAUUCUCGUCUUCGUCUAAACCCACAAUUGGUGAAAAAUCAUCAAAUAAACGGAAACCUAUGUUAAAAAUUGACGGUUAUCAAUUUCAAAUGAAAGAUUUCAAUAAAUCUAAAACUUUGAAGUUCUGGCGAUGUACUAAUCGACUUUGCAAUGUUAUUUUACUCACAAACUUGAAUGAUGAAUUUGUGAAAUUCUCAAAGGAUAAAAGUGACCACUCACAUUUGCCAAAUCCAGCUACAUUAGAAAUACGGAAUUUGAGAGAACAAAUGCGAAAACGAGCUGAAAAUGAAUUACUAUCUUUGCAACAAAUUUAUGAACAAGAAGUACGACAAGGUCUGCUCACUGGUGAAGCUCUUGUUGUUUUACCAAAUAUUCUUAAUCUUGGCCAUAACUUGGUGAAUAAUCGGAGAGUAAUGAUGCCUCUAAUUCCACAGUCAUAUUCUUGCACUAUUCCAGAUGAAUAUAAAAACGAUUAUCUUAAUAAGGAUCAUCUUUUAUUACACGACAGUUAUGAUCCACAAUUUUCUACAAACGAUUCAUUAUAUACAUCACCUGAAGGAAGAAUUCUCAUAUGGUCAUCAGAUAUUCAAUUGAAAUUAUUAUUUGAUAGUGAUAAACUUUAUAUGGAUGGAACAUUUUCCACCUCUCCACCCAAUUUUGAUCAGAUGUACAUCAUUCAAGCCAUUUAUCAUGAAUCAUGUUUGCCGGCAGUAUUUUCACUGCUUCCUGAUCGAAAAGCAACAACGCAUAUUUAUCUUUUUCAUGUUUUAUUCUCGGAAGCAAAAAGGCUUAAGAAAAAGUUCAAUCCGUGUUUACUCAUGACGAAUUUUGAACAAGGAGUUUCUCGUGCAGUUUCAAUUAUGUUCGCAGGAGCAACAGUACACAAAGGUUGCUUUUUUCGUUUUUGCCAAGCUAUCUAUCGAAAUGUGCAAUUCACUGGUUUAUCAUCAGCUUACUUUGAGAAUCUUAUGAUUCGUAGUGUGAUUAGACAGAUGGCAUUGGCGCUAGUUCCUGAGGAGCAUGUGUUAUCAUUGUUCGCUGGUCUUGGUGCAGGACUUGAUGAAAGUGAACGUGAUCAAUUAAGUUCUCUAUUUACAUAUUUUGAACGCCAGUGGUUAUCAAAGAUCUCGAUGUGGAACGUUUUUAACAUUCGUGAUAAAACUAAUAAUUUCCCCGAAGGUAUGUAA